UCUCGAGCUCGAACAACUAUUAAAUGGAGGGAGCUGAGGAAAACAGAGAAAUAAUCGAUCUGCUCCGCAGAUUCACGAAAAUACGCAGCGAGUGCCCUACCGAGAACAAGAAGCCUUCGGCGGAGGAAGAAGAAGAAGACGAGGACGUGGAGCUUGGCCUGGGCCUGUCGAUGAACGGGAGGUUCGGGGUGGACCCCACCAGGAGCAAGAAGCUGAAGCGCUGCUCGUCCAUAGCGGACGUGGCCCUGGCGAAGGCGGGGCCCCAAGUGCGCGUGGCGGGGGUCGAUUUGCACGCGCCGCUGUCGAGGACGCGGUCCCUGCCGGCGGGGACGGAGGAGGAGUGGCGCCGGCGUAGGGAGAUGCUGACGGCGAGGCGGAUGGAGGCGAGGAGGAAAAGGAUGGAGAGGAUGAGGAAUCUGAGGGUGCCGCCGAGGGACGCCGGCGGCGGAGGGAGAAAUGUUCCGCCGCGCGAGGCUGUCGAGUCGUCGUCUCAAGGGUCGGGUGGGCCGAUGAGGAGCGGUUCGUCUGGCUCGUCUGAUCUAAUUGAAGGGUCGAAACAAAAUGCUGAGGUGUCGCCUUCGAGUUCCAGCAGGCAGAUUCCAAAGGGACACGAGCCAGCUGGCCGAGCCCUCGAGAGAGAAGCAAAAAGCGCCACGUGUCAACACGUCAAGAACACGAUGCGCGACAUGCCAUAUGUGACCACUAGAGAAGUCGGGCCUAAUGGCCGUAGAGUCGAAGGAUUCUUGUACGGUUACAAAAAAGGCGAGGAUGUUAAAAUCGUGUGUGUAUGCCACGGCUUGUUUUUCACGCCAAAGGAGUUUCUCGAGCAUGGUGGGGUUCGUGGUGACGUGGAGCACCCGUUGAAGCAUAUUGUUGUCAACCCUUUUCCCCUUUUGUGAUAUGUCCUCUUGUACUAGGUUGCAAAAAACUAUGUAGACUUUAGGUUUUGAGAGUUUGAGGACUUGUUUAAUGUAUGGGAAAGAAGAAGAAAGGGUUUGUAAGGAAAAGCUUUAUGUUGUGAGUUGUGACCUUCAAGGGAUCUGUAGCUCUUUUCAGUUAAAAUCAUUUUGGAUUGCUCUAUGUUUUGUCUGAUGUUGUAAAAUUGUAUAUAAUCCACUAGAAAUUUUUGGUAAAUGUUAAAAUGUAAUGUUGUCAAAU